CAUUACUUUCUUAUAGUCCCAAGCGUGCUCAUGAUGCAGUAGAAGCAUACAGUGACGAUGAAAAUAGUGAUGCAGGUAGCAUGUCAAGUGGCGAAUAUCGCUCCCGCCGCCCAAAAAAACAACAGGGGAACCAAAAGAAAGGCGUGAAGCCCGUCACAAGAACCAUAGCACUUACUGACUCUGAUGCAAAGUGGAAAAUUGAGGGAGUCAAUUGGUCUGAACAAUUACUUAAAGUCCGUGUUGAAUCAGAAAAAAAGGCUAAGAAGGGCUUGAACUUGCCUGAUUUUCGUGAAUUGUCGUUGAACUAUGUUUUCCUUUUUUCGAAAAUCAUGAACCAAUCAGUCACACGUCGUUUCGGUUCUGAAAGUCAUGAAUCGGUGUGGGGUAGCUUACCCUUGAUCAACAAAUUGACGUUGUCUGCAAAAGCAGCAUCAUGGACAAAGAAGAUGUUGAACAUGGCUACCACUGCCACUCCCAAACCCAACUUACGAGACUUUAAGAAGGCUACUUCUAAAUGGAUGGUUGAAGCAUGUGACGAUGAUGAUGAUGAAUUACUUGUUUUUGGCGAUCUUCUACAUCGAUCUGUUCCUCGCUUAUUGUCUGCCACCAUUUCGGAGACAGUCGAAGACACUUUUGUAUAUAACACUGUAUCCGAUAUGCUAAACGUUGUAUUCGGAGAAGAUCAGAAGUUGUUGCAUGAAUGGGUAAACAAAAAGUUGCCCGACACUGAAGCAAAUAUAACGAUGAAGCCCGAUUUCGUGGCAGCAACCAAGCCAGCAAAAAGAACAGUAUACCUGUUCAGCGUCGAAAUCAAACCGUCCAGGAGAACCUCAGACGAUGACAUCUGUGAAGAUCGAGUCAAGUUGGGCAAUCAAAUGAAGACGAUGAUGCAAACAUUAGAAUCAUUUCAUAUCGAAAAUGCGCAAACAAUUGGUUUGCUCAUACAAGGUUAUGACUGUACAUUAUACUUGAUGGAUAAUGUAUAUAAACCCAUCUACCGAAUGAUUGAAAUGUACUCGUUUUCAUUACCAAAAACAAUCGAAGAGAUUAGUGUGCUAGAGCACGCAGUCGAAUGCUUGCUCUCUUGCAAGGCGGUGGUUGAACGAAAUGCCAACGAAGUGGAAAAGCAUUUUACUUUUGAAUAAAUGAAGUAUCAAAACAACAUGAAUUCGCGUUUCUUUUCUUUACAUCAGUCCCAGUAGAUAUGAACGUCGCAAGCUGAUAAAAACCAAUGUCGCUUGGCAGCAAACUUAAUCAAAUGCCGCAGUUUUUGAUAUUGACGUCGCCUGUUUUUAGGAGCAACAUUGCGAAUGUUGCAUUAAGCUGUCAAAUGAAGACCAUUU